AUGAAAAAAUAUUUAGAAAAUUUUAAAAAUAAAUGUGAAGAAUUAAUCAAAGAAAAUAAAGAUUUGAAAGAAUUGAAUAAACUUGUUGAGGAUAAUACAAAUUUAAAUGAAGUUAAAAAUAAUUUAAUUAUUGAAAUUAACAAAUUUGAAAAUAAAUUGAAUGAAAAAAUUAAAAAAUUGGAGAAAACAAAUUUAAAAAAUGAAAUUAAAAAGAAUGAAGAUUUGGAAGGAAAAUUGAAGAAGGAAACAAAAGAAUAUAUUGGCAGAUUAAAGGAGAAAUUGGUCUUUUUAGUUGGAAAUUAUGAGAAAUUAACAGACAAAGAUUCGACUUCACGAAGUAAUGGACAAAUAAAUACUUCAAGUUUAACAGCAAUUCUUUAUUGUUUAGCAAAUAAAUUUUUGGAAAUGUUUACUGAAGAUGGAGUUGUUAAUAUGGAUAUUUUAUUACAAAAUAUUUCAAACACAAAUUUGAUAGAAUAUGGAAUGGAAAUGAAUGAAAAAUUGGGAAAGAAAAGAGUUGAUAAAAUGUAUUAUCAACAAAUUCUCAAAAUGAUUGGAGAAAAUAGUAAUAGUGAACUAGAAAAAUUAAAAGAGAAUUGGAGUAAUUAUUGUUACAUUGACAAACAAAAUGUUGAAUUUGAAAGACCCGAGGAAUGGGCACUUCAAUAUAAAAAUGAAAUUGGUUUACAAGAGGAUGGUUUUCGUUUGGCAUUUUUGGGAGAAGAUAAUGAUGCCCUAUUGUUAGCAAUUAAUGAUCGAAAGAAUGGAUUAACAACAAAACAAAAGGAGGAAAUAUUUAAAGAAAUAUUAAACAAUUUCCAUCUUCACAAAGUCACUUUCUUAGAAGCUCAUAAAAUGCUUGGUUUAUCCACAACUACAACAAACCCAACUUCGGAAAUAGCAGAAACGUCUUCAUCCCAAAAACACGAAGAAACAUACAAAAGAAUUAAAUUCGAAUUGAGAAAGGUUUUUAAUUUUUAA